AUGGCAAAGUCAAUCCUUCUCAUCAACGGCCCCAACCUGAACCUCCUCGGCACCCGCGAACCGCACAUCUACGGCUCAACCACGCUCUCCCAGCUCGAGACACAAUCAAAAGAACACGCCAAGUCCCUCGGCGCAGACCUGCAAUCCUUCCAAUCCAACACCGAGGGCGCCAUCGUUGAGCGCAUACACGCGGCGCGAGGCAACGUCGACGUCAUCAUCAUCAACCCGGCCGCCUACACACACACGAGCGUCGCCAUCCGCGACGCGCUGCUGGGCGUCGAUAUCCCCUUCAUCGAGCUGCACAUUAGCAACACACACGCGAGAGAGAGCUUCAGGCAUCACAGCUAUUUGAGCGACAAGGCAGUGGCGGUUAUCAUGGGAUUGGGAAUUCAUGGAUAUGGGUACGCGAUUGAUCAUGCCGUUAAGAAUAUCAAGCCCAAGGCAUAA